AUGAGGUUGUUUUCCGUUAUUUUUUCUAUAAUAAUUGGAAGUUCAUUGCUCGGAAAAUCAGUUGAGAGCCUUCAAGACCCGAAACCUGAAACAAUCGAUGCUCUCAAUGCCUUUCAAGGAACGGAUAUUCUUCGCUUUUACGUGGCACUCAAAGAGCUUUAUCUAACUGGGGGAUUUGAUAUAAGCAAUCCAUUUAAUGGAGCUAUUGUUUCUGCAAAAUCAAUUCCUGAAGCAAUAUAUGAACAAAUUAUUAGUGUAUUUGAACUGACUAGAUGGGAAAUCAAAAAUGGAGAUGUUUCAUUAAAACGAAUGGAUUCCAUAUUGAACAUCAAUGAACCGGAUGCAUUAGUUCUUCAACCAUGGUUAAUUAAAAUAAUCUCAACAAUUUUGGAUGAUUUUUUAAAUACUACUCGAAAUGUGGCAUUCUCAAUUAGAGAUAUAGGUAUUAGCAUGGUUGCAAAUAAUUUCACAAGAGAAGGAUACUCAAAUGGAACUGAUCUACGUGAAUUUAUAAGUGAAUGGACUGAAAACGAAUUCCCGGGUGAACAAAAAAGAGACAAUUUGAAUGAACUUUCACUUCUCUGUCAUCAUGCAAUUGGACCUGAGAAGUUUGGAGCACUCGGAGAUAUUUUGGAUUCAAUUCCAUGGCAAGUCGAUAGAAUGUACUUCAGAGAUUAUGCGGUUUUGAAGAUCUACGAGAACAGACUUUUCAAAUCAAUGGGAGACGCAGAUCAAACUGUAAGAAUGCUCAAUAUUUUCAAGAAAGGAUUUGAAGGAACUCUGAAGAUCGAUUCAUCAUUUAAUCCAUCAAUUAUUCAUCGACUAGCUUCUAGCCAGCUAAUUAAUGAACAGGAUCUUGCGAUUUUCAAUGGAAUUGAAGGAGGUCCAAUUUCAGUUGAUGGAUCAAAGCCUUCAAGAGAUGAGAAAGUAUUAGAGACAUUGGGAAAUAUUUGGAAUGAAAUCAACAAUUAUGAGUUCAAAACAAGGUUUGCCAAUUCAUCAAAGCCAGUUCUAACACGGGUUGGAGGUCUGGAAGGUGUGAAGAAUGCCAUGAUAGCUGGAGCACGAUUGAUCAAGAACUUGAAUGGCUCAGUGGGAAAUGCAAAAACCAAGUGUAGUCAAAUGACGCAUGCAUUUCAAGCAUAUCCAACAUUCAAAGAUCUUCUGCCACUAGCAUUUGACAUUACUCUGCUCCUCAAUCAAACUGAUGAGACAACAGGUGUACCUGGAUAUAUUCCAUUCUUCAAAUUUUUCUCUCAAGAAGACGUACCAACUGGUAGAAUAUUAUUUGAAUACACAAAGACCAAAGGAAUUGAUUAUAUGACUAGCUUCAUAGAAGAUAUCACUAUCUCAAACUUUGUAGGACUGAAGACUAUUGUUGAGGCACUAUUCAAGAAAAAAGUUAAGCGGAGUGAUAUGACAAUGGAUGUUACAAACCUUGAAAACGAAGAAAAGCGUUUGAUCCAUUUGAAGAUCUAUUUUAACCAUGACACAACUGAUAAAGAAGAAGGAGAUGCGAUAUUUAAGGCUCUGAAGGGAAUUUUGGAUAUUUCCUCUACCGAUUAGAACUAAUUACGAUGAUUCGAACUGUCAGAGAUUUGUAUCGAACUACAAACCCUCUCGAAUCCUUGCAAAACAUCAAAACGUUCUCAAAACUAUCUCGUGACAAAAGAUGGUUGGAUGUUUGGACUGCCUUCUCAAAUGCAUUAUAUCUGAACAAUGGGCCUCCACCGUAUCCUCAGUUCGUUUCAGCCCUUUUCCAAGAUCUUGAUAAAUUGGUAACAACUGAUGAAAGCUAUCAAGAAGUAUUUUUGGCAAUGCAAAUGUUAUUGGAAAUCGAUAAUUUGGAUGUGAUAAAUGCCAAGUGUCAAUUUAUUGAUUCUUUCUACAGCGGACUUGAAUAUAUUGAACCUGUAAUUGAAGCAUUUGGAGUUAGUACUCAAGAUAUUCGCAAAUGGAAUGAAGCAACAAUCUUUGUAGAUGCUCUUGUUCAGUUGUUGAAAGAAUCCAGAUCACAUGAAAACUUGAUGAAGUUCCUUGCAUUCCAUGGAAAAUUUACUACUGUUAAAGAUGACCCAUCUGCUUCAUUGGAACUUAUCGGAGAUAUUAUUGUAUACUUGAAUAAGUGAGGAUAUGAAAACCGGAGCAAAGUGAUGACGACGUCGUUUUCUUCAUAUUCUUCCAUUUUUUCAUAUUUUUCAUUGUCCAGAUUGAAUAA